AUGUCUGACGGCUACUAUGUACAUGAGUACGACUCGACGAAGUACUACUUGUGUAAAGGUGGUACCGAAAGCAAACUGGAAUGCGACGACAAGCUUGUGUUCAAUCCGGUCACCACGUUGUGCGAAGAACAGCCGAAAUCGAAUCUUUCCUUAAUAGAUUACGAUGGCUUCUGCAAGCAUCAUUUCAAAGAUGGUGUCUAUCGACAUCCACACGACCGUACGGUCGCAGUCGUGUGCCUCAAGGGGACGGCAUUUUUGAUCGACUGCCGUCUAGUGAAUAACAGCCAGCUGGACUUUGGCCAUGAUGACGACAACCACAACGACGACGACGACGACGACGAAGACGACGACGACGACGAUGAUGACGACCGCGACCACGACGACGAUGAUAAUAUUUGUUCGGGCCACUUCGAUGAGGACGACAUCGACGACAUCUUUCCUUGGCUAGGCACCGCCAAAACAUUCGACUGUUCCGCGCUAGAGGAUGGCAAGUACCCACUUGGCGGCAUCAACUGUUCGGCCUUCUUCUUUGAAUGUGUCGGCGGCUUUCCGUUCGCCACUCGUUGUCCCCUCGACUACGUCUUCAACCCGGCGACCAGCUCGUGUGCCGAAGUGUCAUCGGUCACUGGCUGCGCUUCACGGGCUGCUGUUCAGUGGGACGACGAUUUUUGUCGAGGAAAAUCGAACGACUUCUACGCCUCGCCGAACGACUGCUCGACCUACUUCAUGUGCAUUGAGGAACGGACCGUGCAACUGCAUUGUAAACAAGGUACGAUUUACGACGCGGAAACCAAGAGCUGCCGCUCUUUCGCUGACGCCGUGCAACCUUGCGGGAAAAGAAAAAGGGGAUCGGGCGGAAAAUGCCGAGCCACAAUUAAAAGGCGAGCUUGGCCAGACGCAAAGUGCAACAUGUUCAAGGAAUGCACCGAUCGAACCUCAAUGCAGUACUACUGUGAGGACGGUUUUUUCUUUGAUAAUCGUACUCACACUUGUGAGUUAGCGAAACCUCACGGCGAAUGCAACUUCGAUCGAUACCGAUUGCAUCUUCUGGUCAUCAUCGAUAUAUACGGCUCAUCCGUCUGCCUCUCAUCGGACGACGUCAUCGGCCUUUGCCAAAGAGUCGGCAAUACUCCAAAAAGAACUGGAUAA